AACAAAACGUUGGUAACUCUAUACGAUAUAAUAUGCUAUACUCUUAAUAGUUUGUCAAUUUUUUUUGUUAAAAGUUCAUAAAGUAAUUAAAAAAUAGGGAGAAAAGUAUACUCCAGUGUAUUUUCAAGAUAAAUAUUGUAAAAAGCUGAAGAACGCGUAUUUAAAUAGUAGCCGAAUAAUUGCGUUUGGUUGUAUACGAUGGCAGCAAGCUAAGGUUGGAAUAAACCAUACAACCGCCAUUUUAAGAUUCUCAAUUGGUACAUGCACAACACAAAAUUGUGUUGCUCGAAAAUUUACCAGUGGAUAUUAUUUUUUAUUGUUUGCAGUAAAAAUGUCUUUAAGCAAAACAGUGGUUAGUCUUAAUAAAGGCAAUGCAAAAGAAAAAGAAAGAUCUACAUCUAAAGAGUCGAAUAACUUGGUUGUUCGUAUAGAUCAAGAUUCCGAUAAUAAUUUACAAGCAUUAUUUGAUAGCGUAUUAAACCCGACAGAGUCAAAAUGUCCACUUCAAGUGCCUUUCCGAAUGCGUCAACUCCCAGAGUCCUUCUUUAAACCACCUGCAACUGCAUCUCGAUCGCCUUCUGUUGCACAUUCGCGAGCAAAUAGUGCUGAUUCUGCUUACGAUACUGGUUCACAACCGAAUGUUAGCCAAGGGAAUAUAUCAACGAGCUCUAUCGCCGCAGUUCCAGCGACAAUAACACAACCACAAGUAACAGCGAAUAGACUCUCGAUUUCUCACUCCCGUGCGCAUAGUAGUCCAGCUUCGCUUCAACAAACAUACAAUAUAAUUGGAAAUGUAAUGGAAACAGGUGCAUGUAUUCAAGAUGGAAUAGGACCUGUUUUUACGGCAGGAGCUGUACCAUUUCCCCCUGGUGUUAAUGCUGGUUCAGGAGUCCGUAUGGAGCAAGUAGAUCAGUCAGUGACUAAGGAUGCCCCAAAUACAAUUCAGACAUUUCAUAUGAAACAAAGAUCUUAUGAUGUUGUCAGUACCAUACAAUUACAAAACGAAUUGGGACCAUUGCCUCCAGGAUGGGAACAAGCCAAAACUAAUGAUGGUCAGAUUUAUUAUUUAAACCAUACUACAAAGUCAACACAAUGGGAAGAUCCAAGAAUACAGUUGAAGCAGCAAAUAUUUCAAGACGGUCUUUCUCAUAAUGUAAAUUUGAAAAGCAAAGAAUCCGUUAAUUUGGCCGAUAAUUUGGGUCCUCUUCCAGAGGGAUGGGAACAAGCUUACACAGAAUCUGGAGAUGUUUACUUUAUUAACCACGUAAAUCGAACAACAUCGUGGAAUGAUCCCCGAAUACCCGAUUUUUUACAAAAACCGGUGAAAUCGCAAAAACCGGGUCCAUCUUGGUUGAACAUUCAACAUAUCGAAAAGGAGCAGGAUUAUUUUAAACCAAGUUCUGAGCAGAGUUCUUUGACUAGACAAAAUGGUAGUCUUCAAAUGGACCCAUUUUUAUCCGGUGACAAUCAUGCCAGGCAGGAAUCAAGUGAUAGUGGUUUGAGUUUGUCUUCAAAUACGUUCUCCACUACAGCGGAUUUAAUGCCGAAUAUUGAUGACAGUAUGGAUUGUAUAAGUGAAUCAGGUAGCCUAAAUGCCUUAAGUGGCAUAGAUUGCCCAGAUAAUCUAGUAUCUUCACUACAGCUUGAAGAUAAUAUAUGCAAUGAAAUGUUCAGUGAUGUUCACAGCAUGUUGAAUGCAACUGCAACGAAGCCUGACACUUUGGACUGGUAUAAGAUAAAUUAAAAUUUCGAACGUUUCGUCCUUUUGGAUUAUACAAGUUUUAUCCACAUAAUUUCAGCGGUAAUCAACUGAUUUUAAAUUUUAAGUAUAGUUUGAAAAUAAAUAUAUCUUUAUAACAAAUCUUGAAAUGAAGUAAGUGUAUUGUACAUUUAAUUUUAAAUGAAGAAAAAUAAAUGAGCUGUCAAAAUUA